AUGUGGGUGUGUGGGAUGGAUGGUGUUAGGGUGUAUGUGAGGGUGUGCGCUAGUGUGAAGAUAUUGGCCACUGACAAGAGAGCUUCCCCGCGCCCUUCGCCCCUCGUCAGCAGCAGCGCCAAAGCGACACCACGCCCCUCCACCACCCACUCCGCCCCCUCCACCGCCUACUCCGCCCCCUCCACCGCCCACUCCGCCCCCUCCACCACCCACUCCGCCCCCUCCACCACCCACUCCGCCCCCUCCACCGCCUACUCCGCCCCCUCCACCGCCCACUCCGCCGCCUCCACCGCCCACUCCGCCCCAUCCACCGCCCACUUCCGCCCCCUCCACCGGCCAUCCGCCCCCUCCACCGCCACUCCGCCCCCUCCCACCGCCCACUCCGCCCUCUCCACCACCCACUCCGCCCCCUCCGCCCCCUCCACCGCCCACUCCGCCCCCUCCACCGCCCACUCCGCCCCCUCCACCACCCACUCCGCCCCCUCCACCGCCCACUCCGAGGAGGAGGAGGAGGAGGAGGAGGAGGAGGGGGAGGGGAAGAAGAGGGUU